AUGAAGGAUGGGGAGGACAGAGAACGAGGAGACAGAGGAGACAGAGGAGGCUUUGGAGAGGAGAUGAAGAGGAUCCACAAUUACUGGAGAUGUGAAGCUCACAGAAAAGGACGUCCAGCUCGGCCCCAGACACAGGGGCAGCAGGUUGAGGCGUGUGGAGGGGGGCCCAGUGCUGACAGCCACAGACAGCUGAACUUCCUGCCUGUGUGA